UAUAAUCAAUUCUGUAGGCUACUGGCCAUAUGCCGGACUCCGCUAUAAUUCCCCAAUACUGCGUGCCCUUAGGUUGACCACUUUUCUCAUUCGUCUCACAAUCUUCUUCUUCGAAACAGGAACAAGACUUGAGGCCGAUGGAUCUCUCCCACGAGUUCCGACGAACGGAGGUGAAUUCCAUCUGGGUAUCCUGGUGCGAGAGAUUUAUCAGAAGUACAUGGAUGGCUGUCACGCUCUGCUUGUCAAGGAAGGAGACGACAGUGUUGUCCAUUCUGUUUUAAGCUCACUCCGAGAUGCCCUCAUACCCGAGGCAAUUCUGGACUUACGGCUGGUCAGCCUUGACCCCUCCAACGAACUCCUGCUAGAUCUCAAACGAGGUGAAAAGGAUGUCUUGUGUCGUGUUUUCGUCAUCGACAUGACCAGCAACUCCAACAUUUCACAGGUUAUACGAUUCUUGGAGAACAUUCAUCUGUUUCUGAUUCCGAAAACUCACCUCUUGUUCAUCGGCCCCAGAGAAUUCGUCCAGGAGACUCUGAAGGACAAGGCCCUUUGGAACACCGUCCAGGCAUUUUACUUGGCAUUGCAGGAGAACAACGAGAGCGCCAGUGAUAAUCCCACCAACAGGCAAAGUUUGGUCGUGGGUAAACGAGGCCUUUUGUCUGUGACACCUGAAGAUCAUGAGAAGACGAAGAAAGUGACCAUCUAUAAACGGUGCUUCUUGUGCAACAACGGAGAGGUGGGAAUCUACCCCGUCCAGGAAUGGAAUCCCGUAAGGGGGCUGCUCAGACUGCAUCAGUUGUUUGACGAACCCUUCAGGAACAUGUUAGGGCACAGACUGAACAUCGUGAACCUCGACUGGUACCCCUUCGUCGACUUCGUCAGGGACUCCAACGAAGUGUCCACCACUGUCACGCCCUUGGACUCUGUCGAUGUGCGGAUGCUCCUCGCCAUCUCCAAGGCUUUGAAUUUCACCUUCCAGAUUCGGGUGCCGUGGGACGAGCAGUGGGGGACAUCAACCCCGUCGGGAAACUGGACAGGAAUGAUCGGAACUCUGCAGCACCAUAAGGCCGACUUCGCCAUGUCAGUCAGUUACCUGACAGGCCGUAUGAAAGUGGUGGACUACUCCAGGAUCUACGUUUCUGAGCCCAUCGUGAUGGUGAUGGCCAAAUCGCGCCCGCGGCCCCCUUACCUGGCGCUUAUUCAGCCUCUCAAAGGAUCGCUAUGGGCUGCCGUUGUGGUCUCGAGCAUAACAGCUGGUUUUGUCUACUGGGCUCUGCAUCUGGGCUGGAAGAAAUUAUCCGGAGGGAAAGCCAGGAGCUUUGAAACUUACAUCUUCGACACCUGGAGCAUUCUGUUUGAAGAGCCGCCUCCCAUGGUGCCUGAGAACAUCUCGGGACAGUUGUUUGUAGGCUGGUGGUGGAUAUACUGCACGCUGAUUGUCACAGUGUACAAAUCCGCUCUCAUAGCCCACCUCUCCGUCCCUGGGAAGUCGAGUACCAUCGACUCCUUCGAGCAACUGCUGCACAUGGACGGGUGGACGUGGGGAUUCGAGAAUCCGCAUGACGCCGCUUGGGAGUGGUUCAAGACGAAUGAGAAUCCUACAGUCAAGCGAAUCUACGAAAAAAUGGAGAUCCAAGGCUACGAGGAGCAGAUGAAACGGGUGCUGACCAGCAACCACGUCCUCAUCAUUUGGAAGUACCGGAUCAUGUCCAUCAUAGCGACGUCCUACACGAACAAGUUCGGUUACGCCCCUACGUACUUCGGGCAGACGGAGUACUUCAACUACGGAGGUUACGGAUGGGCUUUUAGGAAAAACGCGCCCUUCCGGCCUGCUAUCGACCUGAUGAAACAGCGACUGAUAGAAGCUGGACUCAUCAAGCAGUGGGUGAAGGAGAUGCUUGGGAAACCGAAGGUCGAGCCUUGUCAAGGGAGCGAUUGCCACAAGAAGGCUGAGAAGCCUUACCUCGGUGCUGUGGAGGUAAUAAGAAUAAUAAUAAUAAUAAUAAGGGGUUUGGUUAAGUUAGGUUUUGCAUUCUUACGCUUAGAUGCCAUGUCGUCAUGGAGAUUAGUUGUUUGCUUGAAAUUGCGUAUAGAUUCUUACACUCACGCGUGUUAAAGUUUAUUGUACCUCAGUAUUUGAGUUAGGUUUUUUUAUUCCAACGCUUAGAUGCCAAGUUGCGAUGGAGGUUAAGUGCUUCCGAAGAUACAAGAUGUCAUAGAGCAGAUCAGAUAGACACUAAUUUUAUUAUCUUGACUUGUUUUUUUUUCAGUACAAGCUGUCAUAGACUUGAUAGACUAUAAUUUUAUUACCUUAACUGGUUUUUUCUGAUUCAUGAUCCUGAUUGAUGGAAAAUAGCUAUUAUAGUUGAGUGGAGUCAAAGCCUGCCUGCUUUAGUUCAUUAUUUAUUUUGUGGCAGUCAUGAAAAUAAAAAAAUUUAUCAGUCACAUCUGUCCAUUUGAUAAAUACGAUUUCAAUGAAAUGUGGAUUUCGAAGGUUACAUUCCUUAUAUAGAGACGCCAUUGGUAAUUUCACUUGUUAAGAUUGAAAAAUCGUUAGAAAUUUUGCUUGCUUUUAAAGCAUGUCGAUGAUGAAAUGAUAAUCAUCUCAGACUCCGCUUGUAUUUGAUCAAAGAUGUUAACUAACUGAUCCAUUCACUUAAUUUUGACUUAUAACAUUUGGUUAUUCAGGUUUUUUUAUUAAUUUUUUUUAGUAGAUUUAUGCUUCAUUUUCAUUUUUGUGCUAUUUGGAAAAUUACCAUUAAAACAAGACCACCAGUUUUUCGUCUUAUGAAGAGUGGUGUCAAGAUAUAUUUGGGAUAUAAAGAGUGGUGUAAAGAUAUUUUUGGAAUAUAAAGAAUGUUGUAAAGAUAUACUUGGAAUAGCAUCUAGAGACAAAUUCUGUUAACCUUUUCCUUUAACCAAAUGUCAGCCUCACUUGAAAUCUAGCGCUAGAAGCGCCUCAGUAGCGUGAUCGGUAUGGUCUUGGCCUGCCACCUCGGUGGCCGCGAGUUCGGUUCUCGGGCAUUCCACUGGGGGGUUAGAGAUGUAUGUAUUUCUGGUGAUAGAAGUUCACUCUCGACGUGGUUCGGAAGUCACGUAAAGCCGUUUGUCCCGUUGCUGUAUAACCACUGGUUCCAUGCGACGUAAAAACACCAUACAAACAAAAACAAACUUGAAUUCUAGCCGCCGUUUCUUUAACUCUAAGUAAUAUAUUCCUUCAUCUCUCACUCUUCAGAACAAGGAGGACAAAGUGGUUUUAGGCCUACUCCAUCUCCAAAGCAUUUUCUUCCUGCACUUACUGGGAUGUGUCGUUGCCACUAUGGCUUUCGUCGGCGAACACGUAUACAACAUGUUCCAGGAAAAGUAGUACCA